AUGCCAGAUAUUUCAAAUCCUUCGAAAUUUCGCAAACUCAAACGAUGCGCGCUACACGCAAACAUUUCUGGUCUUGUGAAGGCAGGGAAACCAGGCGUACUUGUCUUUGAUGGUGAAAUGGCUUCAAUACGAACCUUUCUGGAGGGGGCUCGCGCCUUGCGUUACCUGGAUUUUCAUCAUGUAGACACGCAGCCUCUCCCCCUCAUUCUGAACAAUCGUGUCGCGAACGCGAAAUUUAGUCUGCGCGAGGUAGCGGGUAUGCAUUGCCUGGUCAGCGCAUUGGAUGCACUGGCCCUCAAAGAUUGGUUCAGGGAGCAAAUGGGGAUGAGCAAGGGGUCAUAA